UGACGUCAAACUCGAUGGCCGCCGGGAAGCCAUAGGUGACGUCACAUCCCCGCGACAGCCAUUUGUCAAGAGACGAGCAGAUCUAUCGGCAGUGGUGGCGGCAGUCAACGCCACAUUAACCCCGCUCGACAAGCCGCUUUCUGCCGUUACACGCACCCCCUUCUCGUCACCAACGGAGGCCAUUAAAGUGGGCGACGUAAAGGGACAUCAUCGACAUCUUCCCGGCGGUUAUAGCACACUGCUUUGACCGGAGCGGCUAAUGCUAGCGGCUAGCCGAUGCUAGUUAGCCGGUGCUGCUAACGUGUCGCCCUGCAGCACACACGGGGGAAGCAGCCACGGAAAGCGGGGGAGUCUCCGGCGUUGGCGCCUGUAAGCUGACGUGGACCCGGCUUUGAGGACCACCAAGAGCUACCGGAGAGGCCCGCUGUUCCCGUGCCUCCUUUUAUCUCCCAGAACGGCAUCACAGCGUUCUGACCCGCCGAUGACCUCUUGGACAAGCGCACUGAAAGGGCUCUGUGCACGGGACCAGGAGUGGAUACCGAGCGUGGCAUCGGCAGCGAAGACGAGCGCUUGUGGCUUGAGCAAACACAGGCAGAGAGACCUCAUGUCAAGACCUUCUCCUCCUCAGACAGCUUAGCGAAGGUCCAGGAGGUAGCAAGCUGGCUUUUGGAAAUGAACCAGGAUCUGCUGUCGGGGGGCAGCAGCAGCAGGCGGAGUCGGGGGCCGGGGGGUCCGGCGGUGAGAGGUAACGCCUCCUCCACGGCCCGGGCACCGCAGCAGCAGCAGCAGGCGGCGGCGGAGGAGGCCGACGAGGAUGAGCACAUGAACCGGGUGGUGGAGGAGGCGGAGCAGCUGCGACCGAGGGUGAGGCCCGAGGCGUCGCAGGUGGACGUCGACAGGGGACAAGCGUGGGCGCCCAGCGAGUCGGGGGCCAGCAACGGCCCCGGGGGGGACGAGGAGGGCCCCCCCAACAAGGUGAACAGAGGCGAGAAAGGAGCCAGGUGGACGUGGAGGGCGGAGCAAAGGCAGAGGCUGCAGGAGGACAACGAAGAGGAGGAGGAGGAGGAGGAGGAGGAGGAGAACAACAGUAGCGCCCAGCACGAGGAGGAGGAGGAAGAGGAGGAGAGGACCGAAGGGAGGGAGGAGCAGAGGAGGGAGGACGAGGAUGGAGACGAGGAGGAGAUGGACCAGGACAGCGAUGAUUUUGAACACUCGGCCGAGAGUGGGCGGGAGGAGGAGGAGGAGGAGGAGGAAGAAGACGAAGAAGAGGAGGAGGAAGAAGAGGAAGGAGAGGAAAGGCUGAUGUCUCCUUCCCUCAGGAACAAUGCCUCGGUCCUCACCAACAAUCUGGACUCGGGCUGCACACACCAAAGCUCUUCCAACAAAAAGAUGAAGAGAAAGUUGGACCAUGGCCCCGAGGUCCGAUCUUUCCCUUCCGGAAAAAAGCCCUGCAAAGGUCCCGAGUACCCAAGCCCGACAGGAAUCAUCCCUUGCCCGGCCACGCCCACCACCUUCGGCCACAUCAGGGCAGCCAACGGUCAGGGCCAGCAGAGGCGGCGCAUCACCUCCAUCCAGCCGCCCACAGGUCUCCAGGAAUGGCUGCGGACGUUCCAGAGCUGGACGGGGCCCGAGAAGCUGCUGGCGCUGGACGAGCUGAUUGACAGCUGCGAGCCCACGCAGGUCAAGCAUAUGAUGCAGGUCAUCGAGCCGCAGUUCCAGCGCGACUUCAUCUCCCUGCUGCCCAAAGAGCUGGCUUUGUAUGUACUGUCCUUCCUGGAGCCCAAGGACCUCCUCCAGGCUGCCCAGACGUGUCGCUACUGGCGCAUCCUCGCAGAAGACAACCUGCUGUGGAGGGAAAAAUGCAGGGAAGAAGGCAUCGACGAGCCUCUGCCCCUCAAGAAGAGGAAGAUGGUCAAGCCGGGCUUCACCCACAGCCCCUGGAAGAGUGCCUACAUCAGGCAGCACAGAAUAGACACUAACUGGCGGAGAGGGGACCUCAAAUCACCCAAGGUGCUGAAAGGUCACGAUGACCACGUGAUCACCUGCCUCCAAUUUUGUGGCAAUCGCAUUGUCAGCGGCUCCGAUGACAACACGCUCAAAGUCUGGUCGGCCAUCACGGGAAAGUGUCUGCGUACGUUGGUGGGCCACACGGGCGGCGUGUGGUCAUCCCAGAUGCGCGACAGCAUCAUCAUCAGCGGCUCCACCGACCGCACACUCAAGGUCUGGAAUGCAGAGACAGGAGAAUGUAUCCACACCCUCUACGGGCAUACCUCAACCGUGCGCUGCAUGCACCUACACGAGAAAAGGGUGGUCAGCGGCUCCCGGGACGCCACCCUUCGCGUGUGGGACAUCGAGACAGGCCAGUGUUUACACGUCCUCAUGGGCCACGUGGCGGCCGUGCGCUGCGUCCAGUAUGACGGCCGGCGCGUGGUCAGCGGGGCCUACGACUUCAUGGUCAAAGUCUGGGACCCCGAGACCGAGACCUGCCUCCACACGCUGCAGGGCCACACCAACAGAGUGUACUCGCUACAGUUUGAUGGGAUCCACGUGGUGAGCGGCUCCCUGGACACGUCCAUCCGGGUGUGGGACGUGGAGACGGGCAACUGCAUCCACACGCUGACAGGACACCAGUCCCUGACCAGCGGCAUGGAGCUGAAAGACAACAUCCUGGUCUCGGGCAACGCGGACUCCACCGUCAAGAUCUGGGACAUCAAGACCGGACAGUGUCUGCAGACGCUGCAAGGUCCGCACAAGCACCAGAGCGCCGUCACGUGCCUGCAGUUCAACAAGAACUUUGUGAUCACGAGCUCGGACGACGGCACGGUCAAACUGUGGGACCUGAAGACGGGCGAGUUCAUCCGCAACCUGGUGACGCUGGAGAGCGGCGGCAGCGGCGGCGUGGUGUGGCGCAUCCGGGCCUCCAACACCAAGCUGGUGUGCGCCGUGGGCAGCCGCAACGGCACCGAGGAGACCAAGCUGCUGGUGCUGGACUUUGACGUGGACAUGAAGUGAGGGCGCCGCACCCCGCUGGCGGAGGCGGGGCUGAGGUGAGGC